AUGGAUUCAUGCACUAAGGAAUUUUAUGAUAAUUUACUGACGUAUUUCCUCAAUUACGACCUUUCAUCAUUUAAUGUACGAAUCAUACCGAUGACUGAAGCCAAACAAGAUUUAAUAGAAUUAUCAACAAAUCCUUUAGAUGUAUGGAUAAAUACACAUUAUGAUGAAUUGUGUGCAGGUAUGACAUGUAAAAAUGCUCUAUUCUGCAAACCAUCAGACAUGAAAGACAAAAACUUUCAAAUGAGUAUUAAGGAUAAAUGUGAUAAGAAACAGAGAAGAAUAGAUGGUAAACAGACAUGGUAUUAUGUUUUGAAAGAAGAAAUGAAAGGAUUAUAUAAACAGGUUGAACCAAACGAUAAUGAGGAAUCAUUUACUGACGAUGAAAUACCUGUAAAUGAAGCUUUAUAA